UAAUAAUUUAUAUGUUGAUGCGUUCAGUCUUACCUUCACCCUCAAAGAUCUUACGACAGAGAGCAGAAAUCACAUCAUGUCACUUCCAAACAUCCACACAGAAGCUCUAAUAGGAUCUGCUGCACUUGGGUUUAUACUUGUAACGGGAUAUUAUGUGGGCAAACGUAAAUCAAAAUUGUCAAGAAUGUCGAGGAAAAGCCACGUGGGAAGAAAAGAUGAUCCAGUGAUGCAUUAUCUCCUGAAUCACUCUCUGAGAGAACACCCGGCUCUUAAAAAACUGCGUCUGAAAUCUAUGGAGCAUCAGCUGAACUUCAUCAUGGUUUCAUGUGAGCAGUCACAGUUUAUGGCCAAUCUGGCCAGACUAAUCAAAGCCAAGAAAGCUAUUGAAAUUGGUGUAUAUACAGGCUAUAAUACGUUGAAUAUUGCUCUCGCUCUGCCUGAAGAUGGGAAAAUCGUGGCCUGUGAUGUAAAUGAGGAAUUCACUAAGGUUGGCAGACCUUUCUGGAAAGAGGCUGGUGUUGAGCACAAAAUAGACCUGCGUCUGCAGCCUGCAGUGAAUACACUGGAUGAGCUGCUGGCCGCAGGUGAAGCAGAAACAUUUGAUUUCGUCUUCAUCGACGCUGACAAAGUCAAUUAUGACAACUACUAUGAGAAAUCUCUCCAGCUGGUCAGGAAAGGAGGAAUCAUCGCCAUAGAUAAUGUCCUGUGGAGCGGAAAAGUCGUGAAUCCUGCUGAUGGAGACGAGGACACCAUUAGCAUCGAUAAACUGAACAAGAAGCUGCACAGAGACGUCCGAAUCAAUCUGAGCAUGCUGACCGUGGGCGACGGGCUGACGUUUGCAUUCAAACUCUGAGUUUAUUAAAGCUAACACUGCCCACAACUGCCAUGUCAGACUACCAAAUCAAACUUAGUUCGAAAACCUAGUGAGCUGUCUACGUAGGUGCCGUUUUAUGCGCCCUCCUGACGGCUGCUUUUGAAAAUAAGUUCAGAUAUGAGACAAUCCCAGAAUGCACCACAACAAGCACGCAAGUUGUUUUUUUAAUGUCCUUUUUAAGUGGACCCUAAUCAGUCAGCAUCCUGUUUCUGUUAGAAUGCGACCCAUGUAGUGGACGUUAAACCAGCUCAUCAGGUUUUAGCACAGAGCCAAAGAGUUUCAUUGGUACACAAGUUGUUAUUUUAAUUACUGAAACGUGAAUAUAUGAAGACAACGUUUCGCAUUGUAAUUUUGCCGACUACUGUUUAUGAAGAAUAUGUUUAAAUGUGACAUUAUGUUUUCAAUAAAAGAAAAUCUAAUACUC